CAGCCCGCUGGCCAGACCACCAGGCUCCCGCAGAUGUGAGCAGCGCCAGUGAGCCACGCAGCAGCGCGCCAGGCAGCCCGCAGCCCGGAGCCCCGAGAUGGAGAUGGCAGAGGCGGAAUUGCACAAGGAAAGGCUGCAAGCCAUAGCUGAAAAAAGAAAGAGGCAGACUGAAAUAGAAGGCAAGCGGCAAGAGCUGGACGAGCAGAUACUUCUGCUGCAGCACUGCAAGUCCAAAGUGCUUCGGGAAAAAUGGCUGCUGCAGGGUAUACCUGCUGGAACUGCCGAAGAGGAGGAAGCCAGGAGGCGGCAGUCUGAAGAGGAUGAAUUCAGAGUCAAACAACUCGAAGAUAACAUUCAGAGGCUGGAGCAGGAAAUUCAAGCGCUAGAAAGUGAAGAGUCCCAGAUAUCGGCCAAAGAGCAAAUCAUCCUAGAGAAGCUAAAGGAGACAGAAAAAUCCUUCAAGGACUUUCAGAAGAGCUUCUCCAAUACGGAUGGAGCUGUGUACGCCAUGGAAAUUAAUGUGGAGAAAGACAAACAAACAGGAGAGACCAAGAUUCUCUCUGCAUCCACCAUUGGCCCAGAGGGGGUCCAUCAGAGAGGAGUCAGAGUCUAUGACGAUGGUACCAAAGUAGUGUAUGAGGUGCGCUCAGGAGGCACCGUAGUAGAGAACGGAGUGCACAGAUUAAGCUCCAAGGACGUAGAAGAGCUUAUUCAGAAGGCUGGACAAUCAAGCUUAAGAGGAGGGCACGGGUCAGAAAGGACUGUGAUUGCAGAUGGGAGCCUCAGCCCCCCUAAGGAACACGUGCUCUGCAAAGAGGCCAAGUUAGAAAUGGUCCAUAAGUCUAGGAAAGAUCACUCUUCCGGGAACCCAGGGCAGCAGGCCCAAGCCCCCAGCACUGAAGGGCCGGAGGCAAACCUGGAUCAGCCCGUCACCAUGAUUUUCAUGGGCUACCAGAAUAUCGAGGAUGAAGAGGAGACUAAAAAGGUGCUAGGCUAUGAUGAGACCAUCAAGGCUGAAUUGGUCCUCAUCGACGAAGACGAUGAGAAGUCAUUGAGGGAGAAGACAGUGACGGAUGUGUCCACUAUUGACGGGAAUGCAGCUGAGCUUGUGUCUGGGAGGCCUGUCUCAGACACCACAGAGCCCUCGUCCCCAGAAGGGAAGGAGGAGAGCCUGGCCACAGAGCCAGCCCCAGGUACCCAAAAGAAAAAGCGCUGUCAAUGCUGUGUUGUCAUGUGACCACUUCUUUCUCCCCUUUGCUUCCGGGCAGCCUCUGUGCUCUCCACUUGCCUAGACCUCACUGUACCACUAACUGCAAUACUGUGAACUGGAAGCCAGCACCUGCCUGCCUUGCAGUCGGAUUGCUUUGAUCUCUCUUAUUCCUCCUCCCUUUCAUUUUCCUCCAGUUUCCUCACCUCAGAGACAGCGUGCAUGUGUGUGCUCCAUUCUUUCCAAGAACUCGCUUCUCCUCUGAACCUUUCCUUGUGUCUUCAGGAGUGAACCGAUUCCUUACUGCUCAAUGGGAAUGGACUCUUCACAUCAGCGAGUUAUAUAGUAGCCUUAAUUCACUUGACCGGACUUGAACCCAGCGGCCCCGGGGUUUCGUUUGGUAGUGUGUUCCCAUACCGUACUCACGCAUCGCCACGUUGCUGGCGUCUCACUCACCUCCCUUGCUGUGGAUCUUUGCUUUUAUCUCUGGUGUGGCAAACUGCUGUUGGCUCUAGCCGGUUGCUAGUGUAGCCAGAAGCGGACCCGACUUAGUCUGCCCAAUCUAGGGUAAUGCUUUUUGCUGCCUUACAUAAGCUUCCAGAUUACAGUAUGUGCAUCUAUGGCUUCCCUUCUGUUAAACCUGAAACGAAGCUGAUGUAAAAGGAAAGAACCCAGUGCUUGUCACAGCUGAAACGUAGGGACUGAUGUCCGCCACCUGCCCAUCAGCCGCUGCCCCUCAUUCAUGGCUUAACUGAUGGACCCUUUAUAGAAGAAGCACCGUUUUUUAAUUUUCUAAGGACGUGAAACAAACAUUGUUUUAAGCAUCAGUAGUGGUCUCCAGACGUAGGCAAAUCCACGAACCUUGCUUCUAUCCUCUCAAAACAAUGUAAAGUUUUAUAUUGUUUUCUUUUUCAUGGAUAUUUUCUGAUCACGUUCAUCUAUUUCCAAUGAAGGGAUCCUUGUGGGGUGCAUCUCUGCAGUGACUGUAUUUCUAGGACAGUCUUUCUGACCCACAGUGGGGGCUGUGAGACCCCCACUUCAUUGCGGACGGUGCUGUAAUUGAAUUACCUGUCAUCUUGCCUGCCCAGUUGAUUACAGAGCCUUACUUCUGGACUCUUUCCUUUCUGUCCCCAUUCGAGAAAGAGAAUGUUUCCCAUAAUGUCAGCAUGUAGGUUUAUCCACCCUCCAAAUGAGUUUUACAAUGUUUAAAAAAUGUAAAAAAUGAAGAAAGACCUGUCUUCCCAACGUUCAGUGCUUAAAUUCAUUCCACAAAUGCUGAUUGAUUGAGUGCCACAUAGCUGAGCUUCCUAAAGCAUGUUUCUCAAACUUCUGGAGAUUCUAGAACAUCAAAGGGUAGUUUUUUUUAUCUAGAACAUAAUGAACAAUUCUCUCAAUAAAUUCUUAGCUCCCCCCAAAAGCAAAUAGCCACCUGUAUAGUAAAACCAAAGGGAAACAAUUUAAUAACAGAAUAAUAUAGUGAUAAAAUGAAGAUGUGAUAUUUUAACUGAUUUUAGUAACAGAGAUAUCUUUCUUACCUCUAAGUUAUUUGCCCAAUACUAAUGGUAUCACUGCAAAUCAUUCACAAAAUUAUCUAUGUUCCAUAAAACAUAGUUUCAAAAAACCUCCAAUAAGAUAUACUACAUCAAGUCUAACUUCUGUGAAAAGUAGAUGAGAAAAAAAUAUGAUAGUCUUAAGAGAACUUGACUACAGAACCAACUCAAAUUGACCUAAAUAGCUUUCUCAGUAGUUUUAUUAGUAUUUUUAGUUUCUUGGCUUGAAAUUAAAUGUGUUGUAAUCCAAAAGAAAAAUAUUUUUAAUUGUUGAAGGUUAAUUUUUCUCUAAUUACAUUUUAAUGAGCACAAAGUGAGUUGUUUUAUCUCCAAUAUAUAAACAAAAUAAGUUUAAAAGGGGAAAAAUAGAGAAGCUAAGUUUUGCUUUCUAAGAUGAUUUCAUCCAUGGCUUGGUUGUGAAUAGUUGAGGGAAUUUUCUCUAAAUCUCAGGUUCACUAAAGCAGCUGCCAUUGAAUAAACCUGUUCUGUCAUCUAGAAAUAAUACCUGGUUUUGCUGCCUAUAAAUCUCACUAUUUCUCAACUACACACUCCUCCAUAAAUCGUCACAGAAGCAUUAUUUAACUGUUAAAUAGAAUGACAUGCCAGAUAAACUGAUUUACAUUGAAAAAGAAGAGAGUUUCAAUGUUUUGGACAAUCUAUUAUGUUAAUAAUUUAUUUAAGAAAGAAAACUCUAAAAGUUUACCAUAGAUUAUCUUUUUUUUAAUUCCCUCGGGGAUUGAAACUAUCCAACAUGAGUUUUUAAAAGCACAGUUAAUGAGUGUAAAGUUGGAACUGAACACCCUUGGGCUUGCUGGCUGACAAACAAAAUCAGAAUCUUCUAGGACAGAUAAUUAUUCCCCGAAAUGACCCGCCCUUCCUUCCGUAAGUGAACUAGUUUCUCACAAAGAAAAUGAUCUGUACUGCUCACCACAACACUUCACAGAAGAUGUAAAAGACCAGUGAUAAUCUGCACUCUCAUCCACCAAUAAUUAUUCUAGGGAUUCGCCAUUUAUAUCAGAGUGCUCUCUGUACAUUUACUGUUAAAGCUUUUCAUGUAAUGGUUUUUAAAACAAGAUGUGUUAUCUUUAUUUAAAUGAUUUCUCGCCACAGCAAAUGCAGGUGUGUUUAAAUAUGGCCUGUAUUUGGGUAUUUUGUAUCAUUUUCCUAUUAUAAUGGGGGGUUCAGGCUCAGCAGGUACUUUCUGGGGAUGAGACCUACAAUCCCGCCUACAGUGAGUAACUGCCCUUCAUGGUAAAACAAACAAACAAACAAAAAAACCCUCUAACUUGUGGUUGGGAACAGGCUGCCUCCCUGCUGUCAUGGGCACACUCUGUACUUACAUAACCAGGCUGAUUAGAGAGUCAGUUACGAAGCUGCAACACCGUUAUCUUUUUUGAGCUAAGAGUUACUUGGGCUUUCUUUGAAAAUCACGACACUAGUUCCCUUUUAAAUGGAGAGAGGAGAAAGAGGAAGAGAAGGAAUAUUUCAUUGGUUUAUAAAUACAUUUUCAGGGGUAUUGAAUUAAAGAUCCUUUAAUGGUAAAAUGAUGCAGUUUAAUAUUACUUAUCCUGGAAAAUCAUGGUGACUUGCAUAUCCUUAACUUUUUUUUUUUUUUUUGGUUUGAUGUGUGAUAGGACAAACUACAGGGGAUUUUUUUAGCUGUACCUCUUUUACCCAUCAGUAUAUGAAUUCCUUAUAUAAGCAAAAAUUAGCUGGCUCUCACAGAGAUUUGACAAUGUCCAGUGAUAUCACUUAAUAUUAGGAGGAUAGAGGAUGAGGGGCCAGGAAUUUCCUUCUGUUUAAACCCAAAACAUAGUUUCAGUCAGUCUUCAGAGCAACCUCUGAACAUUCAAAGACUUUCAGGAAACUCAAAUUCUAGUGUUUCUUUGAUUUGACUUCUUUCUGGAAUGUUGAUAGACAUGGAUUGCUUCAAAUUCCUGCCUAGUAGCAUCUUAGUCCUGGCGGCAAAUGUGUUUUUCCUAUGUGCAAGUAUAAUAUUUUACUUUGGGUGGGGUUAAAUUUUUAUGAAAGGGGGAAACUAUAUGUCUAGAGAUACGAUAUCUCUGGAGCAAAGCUCUAGAGCAAAACCAAAUUGGGGCCAAGUGUGAAAACAGCCUAUUUCUCUUCCCUUCUGCAGAAUUCCAUUUCAAAGGGCCACAGACCACCUUUUGGCAAUGACCAUUUAUUUAAUUCCCACAAACAAACAGGUAGCAAAAGAGGAGGAGGAGAUAUGGUGAUAGAAGCAAAGAUGAACUACUAAGCUGGUACUUUCUUUUUAAAAAGCAUUAACCCUUUCAGUUCAAAACACAGAUGAACAGGAGGACACUUGACUUGGGGUAGUGAGCACACAACACAAUAGGCAAAUGAUGUAUUCCAGAACUGUACGCAUGAAACCUAUACUUUUAUUAGCCAGUAUCACCCCAACAAAUUCAAUUUAAAAAUAAAGAAAUAAUGAAACACAGAUGAGCAUACACAAAAUAUGCACAGAGGACUUUCUCUUUGUUUGUACUGAAGUCUAAAAGCUCAGCUAUCCCUGUCACUAGAUGCCGUGUGGAGUGUAACUCACCAAAGGCCCCAUUCCUCAUGGGAAAAUAUUCUCAUCUCCCUUAAUGUUACUUCGUUGACAACAGAUUCCAAGGCGAGCAAGUUUUAUGUUGUGUUUUUGCAAUAUGCACACUUGUUAUUGAAACCACAAAUUCUCGGCAUAGCUAAGACAUGUGUCAGGAACUUUGUAAAUGGGCAAUCUUUUAGAAGCUCCUCAAUUUACUAAGCAAGGUAUGUAGAACUCCACUAAUUAGGAGAGAACUGGAAAGACCUUUUGUGCUACUGAGUAAUACCACCGGCAGGUACAGGGCGGGUAUAAAACAUGUCCCAGAACAGCUCAAAGUCAUGAGCAAGAUGGGGGUCUUCGAUUCCGGCUACCAUUUCACCUUCAUUGUGUAGCCCCCUUCUGGUCUUAGCAUGAAAAUUUUCCUGCAUUUCCUAGGGCAAAAAGAAACAUUCAUCUUUUCUGAGGAGCACACUGUGGUUAUGUGUCUGUAUUUUCAUAGCUUCAGCAAACUCCAUAAUAAAAUGCCCAGUCUAACAAAACCCAAAAUACUUAUGAUCUGAAUGUAGAAAAGGAUAGAGUAAAGAUUACAUCCAGAGAGUUUUAAAGGGCAAUUUCACUAGGGAAUCCUGAGAUCAGCCUUGCCCCUGACCCUUAAUUUUUAUAAGACUUAAAUAAACCCCUGCCUCCCACUCUACUCUAGUCCAACAUAGGAAGGCCAGAACUGUAGCGCAAAAAAAAAAAAAAAGAAAGAAAAGAAAAAAGAACAAAAAAACCAACAACAACCCUGCUUUCAAUGUGAAAAUAUACUAUGUCAUUUUGGGGGACCACAGACUUUCUGCAUCUAAGAUCUGGACAGCCUUAACUUUUGUAAAAUACAGUUUUUCAGUGCUCUCUUUUACAAAGCGGGAAACCAACAUGUUUCCUGAAAUUAAUGACUUUUUUAUAUUUUGUGACUAUUUUCUAAGUUUCUACAGGUUGAGGUAUGAAUGGUCAUCUUCUCCCCAUAAUGCCUCUUACUCAUCAGCUGGGGCCCUUUUUUGCAAGUCACUGCAUUUUUAUCACAAGAGAAGUGUCUCUCAUGACCCACGAAAUUCUCCCUAGACUUCAGGCAGUCCUUCUAGAGUGAGAGAGCAGAAAUACCGAAAAAAGAGAAUUACAGGGUGGCUUUCUUUUUAUUUUCCUAUGGUUAAUGUACUGUAUAGUAUAUAUGUUUACAGAAUGUAUCUGCCUUGUGAUGUUAACAAAAUGAAUGACAAAAAAAAAAAAGAGUUCUGAUGUGCCAUUCGAAAGUUUGCCUUAGCAUCGCUGUUUAUGUUCUCCUUUUCUGUCCUUUUGGGAAAAUGCAGGUUGUAUUCCAAAGCUGUAUUAACACAACAUUCUCUCCCCCACCCCUGCCCAGCCCUCUUCAGAGCUGGGAAUUUCACCUCGGGAGCCUUGAGGCAGAACCUUGCAGGUCUGGCCCAGGGGGAAUAAAGUGGGCGUGGCUUGGGCAUUGCCUUGGCUCAUCUAGCAACCAAACACAUUCUGUAUUCUCAUCUUGGCCUGCCGAAUCAUACUCUGACAUUCCUGGGGCAGUCCACGUGACCUGCAGCCCUUCCCUCUGUGAAGGUGGUGAACCUGUGGAGCCCCGUCUCUGGGUCUGGGAGCAUAUUUUUAAGCAUAAUUGGCAUGGCAUAGUUUGGAAAAGCAAGAUUCUUAGAUGGACUCAAAUGAUGGGAUUGAGUCAUUACUGAUGGGUGUGCCCAUUCAUUAUAGUCUAAGACUUGUAGCACCAUAUGGGUGGGAGUGAGGAGCAGUGAGAGAAAUGGAAUCGUUUACAUUUAUGUAUUUUUUUAAGGAAAAAUAUUUUUAUAAUGAAAUCUAUAUGCAUUCUGAAGCUUGCGUUUAGAAACUCCCUUGAUUGACUGAGUUAUUUCUCCAUUCCAUGAAGGUAACCUUCUGGUGAGUUCUGUAGCACUAGCCCAGACCUCUGGUGGCGGGGGCAUUCCCUAAGGUCCGUGACCUCCCUUGCACCACCCUGCACGGAACCCAGUUUUUCCACACGGACCUAGUUUGUAAAAUCAAACUUCCUAUAACUGCCAUCAGAGAAACUGUGUUAUACUGGUCGAGACUUCCCUGGGCUCCAUCUUUAAAAAUAAAUGUAUAAUCUUUUGAAAGGAGGUCGCUCUUUGCAAUAUAAGCCAAGCCCAGCAAUGAUCAAUGUCUGACUCUUCCACAUAGUUAAGGAGUAACUUCGAGGUUGAGGGACCACUCACUACGGUGCAUUUGAGUCAGAAGCAUCUGGCUCUCUAGUCUAUACAUAAAUGUGUGAACCAACAAUACGAAGCUUACCAGGCAUACUUGGCCUUGUAAAUUUUAAAGGGGCCGCAUCGUAUUUUCAGGGCUAAGUAGAGAUGAGAAAGAAUUGUCUUUAUCCAUCCAUAAAGAUGAUUCUAAAUUUUUAGAGUGCUUGGAUUCCACCCCGGCCCCAAUUUCCUGCCAAAUUUCUGAGUUCUCAUCACAAGCACACUCACUUUCAUGAAGAUCUUCGGCCACACCCAUUCCUCUGUCUGACAGUGGGACCAGCCUCAGCCUGCUCAGCCCUCCCGUUAGAUUCCCUUCCCAGGUAGCGUCCGCUCCCAGGACGGACCCAGUUUCUAUCACCCUAGAAGGCUGAGAUCCCUUUUCCAAUAAGGCAAGGUCAUAAGCACUCUUUCCAUUUCAAGGAAAGGAACCCUUCUGAUUCCCACGUAAAUCAUCCUAAUUCCUUUGUCACCAGAAUCCCUUUGGCAGGCUCAACGCAAGCCCAACCGUGAACAUCAAUGUCAUGUAGACAACUUCCCAAAAUGACAGAACUAUGCAACUGCCCGAAGGUGCUACAGGCGAGCCAAUUCACUCUAGUUUCUUAUUCCCACGGGAACCUCCAGGUGGGCAGGGUAGGAGCCACCAGUCCCUUGGUUUUGCAAUGAUAAGUCUUUGUCUACAAAGAGGCCACCGGGCCAUGCCUGAUCUGAACUAUUCUGUGUGUAGCUCCAACUCCCAAUUCCGUGAAUUCCUAUCCUGGCAAGUGGAAAGAGUUCUAUCCUGUGUGGGGUUCUGAAUCAUUCUUUCCUCCUCUCAAGCUCCUGACUGAGUAGAGUUCAAAUCAUGCAGGGGUUCCAGAAAAUGUUGUGUGCGAUGCAGCUUCUCGGUGAAUGUAGGUGUUGAUGGGAUUUUCAGCUUUAGCAGCUCACUCGGGGUGAGUGAUAUCUCUGUAAAUAUAUCCAUUCUGUGGUUGGUUGGGGGGCGGGGUGGGGGCCUGUUGUGCUUACUCUGAAUUAGACUUGCCGGGCUAGCUGCUGUACUUUGUAACCUGAAGUGUACUUUGACUGUUCUCUCUCCUUCAGACGAAAAACAAAAACAAAAACCAACUUCAGAAAUAACACUGCCAGCAACAGCCAAUGCUGUACUUGUAGCUUCUCUCUGUUCCUCUGUACAGUAUUAAUAGACAAUAAACUGCCUUUUCACUGCAUCUACCUCUGCGUGUCUGUGCCCCGAUUCUUUCCCCGCUCACCUGCCACAAGGGCACACCCGGCCAGACCUCCUUGGGAGCGCCUUCAACUUCUCACUAAACCUAAACGCUAAUGAAACUUGAACGUGCUUCAGAAUCACCCAGGGGUACCUGCUCCAUCACACCUGUGGAACUCAGUUUCAGAUUCCUAGGUCAGGGCCCAGUAACCUGUAUUUUUAAUACUGUCUCCAGGUGAUUCUGAUCUGUGGGGUCGUGUGGUAGCUGGCCCGUCCAUGGGUUUGGGUGUCCCCCAGUGGGAAUGCCUGUGGCCUGCCUGUUCCAGCUGGUUUCUAUACUAACUAAUACGAUCUCCCAACACAUCCUUUCUCUCACCUGCUCUCACACAUCUUUCUCCACACCUGCGGUCCUUUCUCUUGUUCUUUGCGAGUCCCCAGCAGCGGCACUGACUGUGAUUUCACGGGCGAAACUUGGGCUGCCCCUGAGGUUAAGCAUUCAUCCAAUUUCUUCUAAACAUCUGAAUGUACAUGGGGACUUCGUUACUCUUCUUUCCUGCUGUUUCCUCUUUACCUAGAACAAGGUCAGCAAACUUUUCCUAUAAAUGGCCAGAUAGUACAUAUCUGGGGCUUUGCGAGCCAGAUGAUUUCUGUCCCACAACUACUCAGCUGCCAGAGGGCAGCCAUAGACUGUACGCGAAUGAAUGCCUAUGGCUGUGUUCCAAUAAAGUUUAUUUAUUGAACAGCCUUUGGGCCGGAUUAGGCCUGCAGGCUGGUGGUUUGCUGACCCCUGGCCUCCAGCAGGCCUGGCACAUCGUAGGUAGUUCAUAAGAAGUUUAAAAGUUAUUGCGUGAAAGAACAAGCAAAGGGCAGAUGUGAUGUCACCUGUAAAAAUGUCACAGAAAGUCAUUGUCUUUGAGGUCGAGGGAUAAAUGAA